AUGACAUGUAAACCAAAGACACUAAGAGGAAAGGGUGGUCGGAUGACCGCGCCGAUUGGAAGAAGUGUUUGGAUAAAUCUCUACAAACAACUUGAGAGAGAGGCUGCCAAAUUUCCUCAGUACAAUUAUCGAGUAUUCGCCCAGCGAAGGAUUCGUGAUCACUUUGAAGCUAAUCGUGGUGUAACUGACCCUGCCGUACAGAGAGAGCUCCUUAAGAAAGCGCAGGACCAGUUGGAAGUUAUACGUCGUCAGGUCAUUAUAAGUCAGCUUUACCCCCACAAGAAAACUGUGGUUGAAGAGAAAUUGUCAGCCUCUCACUAG